GCCGAGGGGGAAGUUUCAACUGGCGGACCUGCCAUAAUAACCUUACCCUCGCGGGCACGCGCCCACCCAGUAAAUAGUCUCCAAGGCACCAUUCCGAAAAUUAGACUUUACUCUUAUCGUAUUUAAAUCAUGUUUGAAUCCCCUUUAAAAUCAAAUGCACGGAACGCUUGGUCAGAGAGCCAGGAGGAGUUGAGCGAGACGGAACCGGUGUCGCCCGUGAGUAAAGGAACCCGUGGGAAGAAGAAGAAAAACAGAAGGCAACAACCACAACAACAAAAAAACGAGAAACGCUCGGUCUCAGCUCCCCAGCUUUGCGGGGAGGAGUCGUUUGAUCGGGAAGAUGAACAGUCAGAGAAACGGUACACCGAUUACGACGAACCGAUAGUGAGAGGGAUAUUUCAAAUAGGGAAGAAGAGUCACGACGUCCUUCUGACAUCGACGAGGGUUACAUGGAGUCCUAUUCAGCCAGAGACCCCUACAGGUCAGUCCGAAACUCUGAGGAGGACAGAGUACGUGGAGCUGAAGGAUGUGUUUGGAGUGAAGGUGAAGAGACGUCGUUCUGCGGGCCAGGAGACAGGGGGCACUCUCCUGGGCAUCACUCUGUUCCAGUGUAAGAAGAAGGGACCCAAGCUGAAGGACCAUGCCAUUCACUUCAACAACAUGAGCGUGGACCACUGUGAGAUCUGGUUCAAAAAACUUAAGGAGAUACUCAGUGGUUUCCAGAACAGGCCCAAGUCCCUGAAGGUGUUUGUGAACCCUGCCAGUCAUAAGAAAGAGGCCUACCAGAUCUACAGAGAUGAUGUGGCACCCCUCUUUCAGCUAGCAGACAUCAAAGCUGAUGUGACCAUCACUGAAAGAAAGGGCCACGCUCUCUCCGUUCUGAAAGAAUCCAACUUGGACGGAUAUGAUGGGGUUGUGGUUGUCGGUGGGGAUGGCUCGGUGGCCGAGGUGGCCCAUGGGCUGUUGCUCCGGGCCCAGAUGGAUGCAGGCAGGGACACAGACUCCAUGUUCACGCCUGUCCGAGCAACACUUCCUCUAGGGCUAAUACCAGCAGGGUCCACUGACGUGGUGGCCUGUUCUGUCCAUGGCAUAUGGCAUCCUGUUACUGCUGCAAUGCACAUCAUCAUGGGACACCAUCAGGAGGUAGAUGUGUGUAGUUUCAGUUGUCUGGGUCGCCUUCUGCGUUUCGGCUUCUCCGCCAUGUUUGGUUUCGGCGGGCGGACGCUGGCCUUGGCAGAGAGGCAUCGCUGGAUGCCACCCGGGCAGAGACGGGAGUUUGCCGUGAUCAAAACGCUGGCAAACCUCAAGCCUGAAGACUGUGAGUUGUCCUAUCUUCCUGUGAAGAAGGUCCAGACUGAAACGCUGGAUCCAGUAAAAAAUGAGUACUUAAAGGACGACAUGGAAGAGGAAGAGUCGUGGACGACCACCCGGGGUCUGUUCCUCAACGUCAGCAUCAUGGCCAUCCCUUGUCUCUGCUCUAUGGCCCCCAGGGGCCUGGCCCCUAACACCAGACUGAACAAUGGCAGCAUGGCCCUGAUCACAGCAGGAAACACUUCCAGGGCAGAGUUUAUCAAACACCUGAAGAGAUACAACAGUGUAAACAAUCAGUUUAGUUUCUCCUUCGUGGAGACGCAGACAGUGUGGGCUGUGAGGCUCCGCCCCCGCUCUCAGAGCAGCUGGUCUGAUGACAUCGCUGAGGACAAUGGAGAGUAUGACUCUAAGAACGCGCCCAUCAUCUCCUCCGAGGGGGCCUACCCCUGGAACGUAGACGGAGACCUACUGGAGGUGCCCUCAGAGCUGCUCAUCAGGUUACAUCCUCAACUCCUGACCCUGUUUGGAGUGUACAUCGAGGAGGCAGAGGAGGCACACAUCAAGUGCAGCUGCAUUUAACACUGUAUGUAGAGCAGAAUCGAUACCUUUUAAAGCUGUCUAAAGGGUGGAUGAGUCUAUACACAUAUCAACCUUCACUGGCAUUGCCACAGAAUGUAACAUAGUCUUUCCUACUGUGCUUUACAAGAAACUGUCUUCAGUGUAUAGACUGUCUACAGUUUAAACUAUCUACAAGAGAGGAGCUUUUACACACAACCUAAAACUAUGUAUGUAGGGGUUGUCGAUACGCACAACCUCCGUUUGCACUAUCACUGAAUGUCACCUACAGGCUUUACUACUGUACAUCUUUGAAUGUUAGACGUCAAAUAACCAAAUGGAGGACAGACAGGCACAUUAAAUAGAAAAGGUUGAUUUAUAUUAAAGCAAAGACAACAUAAUAAUACAUUCCAGUGCACGAUUACAUCAAUUAUCAGACCAAAGUGAAAUGUGUUGACAAACAAAAUGUUAUCUGUCCAUUUUUACACGCCACACACGUAUUUAUUAAAAAUAAAAAAUUAUUUCAAUUUAUAGAAAUGUGGAAUGUGCCCCCUUUAUUUUUGUCAAAACUGACAACUUGGUCAUGAAAGGUUGACUCCCUGAAAAUUCAAGCAGUAAAAACAUGUUACGCUUCCACAUAUGCAGCCUACCAUCUCUCCAAAAGCUGAAUGUUCCAAUCCCUUACAACUACAGUAAGAACACAGAAUCCAUUGAAUCCAAAGGGAUGAAAAUGUUCCAAAAGGUAAGGCCAGUGUUCCGUGUGUUCCAUUUGACGAACGUUUGAGUCAUUUCUGAAGAACAAGCUCUUUCAUUUUUCAUUUCUGACUGUGUUGGAAACUUCUGCUGCCAUGGUGUAGGAGUUGCUGGUGUAUGAGUUGCUGUCGUACGCACACACUAAAAUGCAUACAUGCAAACGCACGUAUGCACACACACACACACUGGGUGCUGUCCCCUUGAGGAGUGGUAUGUGUCAUUCAGUGAGUGAGUCAGUGAACAGAUGCCUUUUUUCACUGAUGACACUUCCCUGACCUCCUCAUCCUUCUGUUACCUUCAGUUCUAUAUUAUAACAAUUAAACCUUCUGUCCCAUUCACUCCAUAAG